AUGCGACCUGACUUACUUGAACAGGUGAAGCAGGGCAUUGAGGACCACUUUGAACAAAUGCAAUCUGAAGUUGCCAACCACAGGACUACUUACGAGGCCCAUCUCAAGCGCCUGAGAAUCGUUAGGACAGAGAAGCUCAACCAGCCAGAA